GUUGUUGCUGUUUGCUAAACAGCUGUUUUUAAUUUCGCAACUUUCGGUGCGAGCAUUUUAUUUAUUUAUGUUUACGUAACUGUAAACAUUUUUGGACAUCAGCGAGCUAAACUAAAUUGUGUGUGGCAGCCAAGUGACACAAUAAUAUAACGCUAAAUGCAAUACCAAAGCAGCCACUGACCAACGUUGCCGGCAACAACAAGUGACUGAGAGUAGCGUGCGAGAGUGAGAGAGAGAUCAAGAGAGUGAGACACCCACUCGUGUGUGAGAGUGAGUGGUCAUGAGUCGGGCAGCGCAAGACGUGCUCGGGGUGCUGCGCGGCCUGCAAUUGGUUGCGGAGGCGUGCGGACGCGAGCAUCUGGCGUUGACUAAGCAUCUGUGGAGCAAUUCGAGUCUACGCGAACUGCUCAGCGAGAAUGUGACUCAGACAACGAACUCGCUGCGUGCAGCACAACAGCAACCAGGUAUCGAGCUGCAAAAGUUGCAACAGCUGCUGCAAGAAAGUGGCGAACGUGGUUACGUAGUGGCCCAGGGAUUGUGUCAGCUGCUGGAAACAUCGAGAUUACGCUGCGAUCACUUGACAGCCAUGCAACGCACCAACAACAACAUCAACAGCACGCAAAAUGUUGCUGCAAGUCCAGCAGCAGCAACAGUUGCUGCUACUCCCAGCAACAACGUCAGCGGUCAAGUGGAUGCCAGCCAACUGGAUAUCUCCUCUAUAACGUUGCAAGAGUUCGAGGAGAUUUUGUCGCAACGCAACAAGAAUCGCAAUGUGAGCUUACGCACAGCAAACACCGAGAAGAAGCAGCUGCCUGCCAAGGAGACGCCUCCCGUGGAUACCUCGAAGCUCAACAAGGACACACAGUAUGUGGACAACAUAAUGCGCAUGGUAGCUAGCGACAACAGCAGCAGCACGGCGGCAACAGCCACUGAAGCUACGCCAGUGGCGCUACCCGAACUGAGCAAAGUGGCCAAGCAGCGUCGCGUGCCCGCCUCGCGUCUCGGUCGCAUGGCCUCGUUUGGCGGCCUCUUCGCUGGCCUCGGCAUCGGCACGAUCAACGAGCUGACCAAAGGCGCCCUUGGUUUGGGCGGCUCCACGAAUAUGCGCGAAGCGUUGCUCAGUCCGGCAAAUGCGGAACGCAUCGUGGACACGCUGUGCAAGGUGCGUGGCGCAGCGCUGAAGAUUGGCCAAAUCCUGAGCAUUCAGGACACGAAUGUGGUGUCGCCGCAGCUGGCCAAAGCUUUCGAGCGUGUGCGUCAGGCGGCGGACUAUAUGCCCGACUGGCAGGUGGAGCGUGUGAUGACCACCCAACUGGGCGCCGAGUGGCGCCAACGUUUGUCCAGCUUCGAUGACAAACCAUUUGCUGCCGCCUCCAUUGGUCAAGUGCAUCGGGCCACCUUGCAAGACAGCGGCAUGGAGGUGGCCAUUAAGAUUCAGUAUCCCGGUGUGGCCCAAAGCAUUGAGAGCGAUAUUGAUAAUCUAGUGGGCAUGCUCAAGGUGUGGGAUGUCUUUCCCCAAGGCUUCUUCAUUGACAACGUCGUGCGCGUGGCGAAGCGCGAGCUGCAAUGGGAGGUGGACUAUGCCAGGGAGGCGGAGUACACGGAAAAGUUUCGCCAGAUGAUUGCCCCCUAUCCGGAGUACUAUGUGCCCAGAGUGGUGCGUGAGCUGACCACGUCCAGCGUGCUUACCACGGAAUUGGUGCCUGGAGUGCCACUCGACAAGUGCUUUGACUUGAGCUAUGAACAUCGUUCGCAUAUUGCCGCCUCCGUGUUGAAGCUGUGUUUGCGCGAACUGUUCGAGAUUGAGUGCAUGCAAACGGAUCCCAAUUGGUCGAAUUUCCUAUACGAUGCGCCAAGUCGCCGACUGAUGCUCAUCGACUUUGGCUCGACGCGUUUUUACAAGCACGAAUUCAUACGCAGCUAUCGCCAGGUGAUCAUCAGUGCAGCGCAAAACAAUCGCCAGGGUGUGCUGGAGAUGUCACGCGAGAUGGGCUUCCUCACUGGCUACGAGACGAAGCAGAUGGAGCAGGCGCACGUCGAUGCCGUGAUGAUCUUGGGCGAGAUCUUUCGCUAUGAUGGUGAAUUUGAUUUUGGCAAACAGAAUACGACGGAACGCUUGGCCGCUUUGGUGCCCACAAUGGUGGCGCAUCGUUUGUGUCCGCCACCCGAGGAGAUUUACUCCAUUCACCGAAAGUUGUCGGGCAUAUUUUUGCUCUGCGCUCGUCUCAAUGUGCGUAUGAAUUGUGUUCCCUUCUACAAUGAGAUCAUCUUGGGCAAGUUCAAGGAUUAAUUUAAUGGAGAUAUCAUUGGUUUCGUUUUUUUUUUCUAUAUAUAACUAAGUGCUCUUAAUGUAAAUGUAUUGAAAAUAUUAUUUGUAAAUCAGUUGAAAAGGGGAUGGAAUAAAACAACGUUUGAUAAAC